GAAGGCGUGGCUUCCUGUGGCUGUCGCUCACUCGCGCGCGCUCUCUACGGCUCGCGCGCGGUGUACCGGCGACGUAACCGCGUAAGAUGACCAAAAAGGUGCAGUGACCGAACAACUCCCGUUUUUUCCCCCGUUGGUUGUUGAUGGGUUUUUUUUUGGUUAUUCCGCCAUGUUUCCGGGUUUUGUUACAAUUUUGCGUGCUAAAUUUAUUCGGUAGGGAUUUCGGAAUGAGUCGUCCGAGGGAAGCAUGGUUACAUUUUCGCCAUGGCAACCGUCGGUAAAGCGUCACGUUCACCGUAGAGACGCUACUGAAUGACCCGGGGUUUCUUUUCCUCCUCUGGCGGCGAUUUGUUGUUGAUUUUAACGUCCGGUGCGCGCUGUUUAUCAGAUUAUUAACCAAGUGCGUAUCGACUAAACCCGUCCAGCUGUCCGGCUCGGAAAUGGAGGCGGUCAUGGAGAGAGAGUGCAGCGCGCUCGGAGGACUUUUCCAAACAGUCAUCACCGACAUGAAGGGCAGCUACCCAGUGUGGGAGGAUUUCAUCAGCAAGGCUGGAAAGUUGCAGGCGCAGCUCAGGGCUACGGUUGUGGCAGUCGCUGCGUUCCUCGAUGCCUUUCAGAAGGUCGCAGACUUGGCCACAGGCAGCAGAGGUGCGACCCGUGACAUUGGUUCAGCUCUGACCAGGAUGUGUAUGAGGCACCGCAGCAUUGAGGCUAAACUCAGACAGUUUUCAAUGGUGUUUGUGGACUCGCUGAUCAACCCGCUGCAAGAGCAGAUGGAGGAGUGGAAGAGAGUCGCCAACACUAUGGAUAAGGACCAUGCCAAAGAAUACAAACGAGCGAGGCAAGAGAUCAAGAAGAAAUCUUCAGACACGCUUAAACUGCAAAAGAAAGCAAAGAAAGGGCGUGGAGAUCUUCAGCCUCAGGUGGACAGCGCUCUGCAGGGGGUGAGUGAUAAGUACGCGUCGCUGCAGGAGACUGAAAGACAGGCAGUGAGGAAAGCUCUGAUUGAGGAAAGAGCACGAUUCUGCACGUUCGUCUCCAUGCUCAGACCCGCCAUAGAAGAGGAAGUGUGUAUGUUAGGUGAGAUCACACACCUGCAGUCAAUCUCUGAUGAUCUGAGGUCUUUGACUAUGGACCCUCAUAAGCUGCCUCCCUCCAGCGAACAGGUGAUUGCUGAUCUGAAAGGCUCAGAGUGCAGCUGGUCAUAUCAGACUCCGCCCUCUUCUCCCAGCACCACCUCCAGGAAGUCCAGCAUGUGUAGCAGUCUGAACAGCGUGAACAGCAGCGAUUCUCGUUCCAGCAGCUCUCAUUCUCACUCUCCCACAUCGCAUUUUCGUUACCGAGGCUCCGCCCUCCCUCAGCAAGGCUCCGUCCGCCUUCCCAGUGUCUCCUCCCACGACUCGGGCUUCACCUCUCAAGACACCUGUCAGUCCAAGAGCCCCUCCCCUAUGCCUCCAGACGGAAGCGUACAGUGCCCUGACUCGUCCUGCCCCGAUGAGUCAGCUCAACCAAUCACAGACAGCCGCACUCCCACAUUACCUGACUCCAACACCAACACCGAGGACAAGCUGGUAAAUGGCACCAUGUCACAGUUUAAUUCAGUGGACCCUUCCCUCUUCAUCGUUCCAUCAUCUCCACCUUUCUCAUCACACCCCCCCAGCCCUUCGUGGGCAUGGUCUCAGCCUGGCCCCGCCCCAGGGGUGGAUUUCGAGCCAAGUUUUCCUCUGGGACCCGGCACCUUUCCCCCCUCACACAGAGUUCCCAGCUGGAAGGACUGGGCCCGGCCGGGUCCGUAUGACCAGCCGAUGGUGAACACCCUGCGCAGGGUGAGGGAGAGAGUGAGGGAGAACAGCGAGUGCAGCAGCUCCAGAGAUGAAGCUCACAAAGCCAGCCCUAACUCCAGCACUCACACUAAACCCAGGGACGAUGCUCAUGAGGAGCUGGCCGUGUGUCUGUCUCGUGGUCUGUCGUUGGAUAUUCCACGCAGCAGCCGAGAGUCCGUUCAGGGUUCCAGUGGCUACAGCACACAGACCAACACCCCCUGCUGCAGCGAGGACACAUACAUAUUUGAUUACGAGUGCUUGCCAGGGGGCGGAGACCAAGACGGAGAGUCGCAGGAUUGCGAUGGACCCGCCCCACUACUGCCUAGCGCAGAUAUCAGCCACUCAUAUCGCAGGACUUUACCCGCCAAGCGUCCUUCUCCCUGUGGGCCGGUUAGCAUCACACCGGGCGUGGCCACCAUCCGGCGCGCGCCCACCUCCAAGCCGAGCCUGUGGCGCGGGCCGAGCGUUCACGGUCCGAUCCCCAUCAAAACCCCUGUUAUUCCUGUUAAGACACCCACCGUGCCCGCACCACUCUGCAGCGAGGACGCAGAAAGCCCCGGUGAUCCCUCGCCAUCACCCACACAGCUGACACCCAACUCCGGCAGCCAAUCAGAAGGUCCGGCAGAGCAGGAUCAGGUGGGGCCUGACGAGCAGGAGGGCAGCAUGCUGUCGUCUAUUCGGCGAGGGGUGAGCCUCAAAAAAGCGACGACCAACGAUAGAUCCGCUCCGGUUCUCGAAUAAAUAGUGCCGCCUCCUCCUCUUUCUCCUCCUCCUCCUUCGACCAAUGAGAACUCAGACGUAGUUGGCGGAGAUGUUUAGCAACCGUGCUAAUGUUGUCACGUGUAGGAUGGGUAAAGUAGUACAUAUGUUUCACAGUGAUUAAAUAUAUACAUAAACAUUUAACGACGAGAUGUUAAUGUUAUAUCCUAUUCCACAACAGCGAUAUUAAGUGGCUUUGUACAUACAGAUACAGAUGAUCUGAUUUGAAGUGAUUCUCUUUCACUCUCGAUUAUAUUCUAGAUCUUUCUCUGCUACCAGCCCAUCCUUCUAUAGGUGCCAAAACUUUUGUGCCUCAUAUUGUAUUUCCUUUUAUCUUACUCGAAUCAGGAAUUGCAGAACCGCAAUCAGAGCUGCGCUGGACGUUUACUCGUGUGCAUUUUGUACAAUAUAUCGAAGAUGGGAACUCAGAUGCUGUAGCAGUUCCUGAAGAAAUCUUUCUCUCUUUUUUUUUUUUUUUUUUUUUUUUUUUUUGUUGGGGAAAAAGACAAACCGUUCUCUCAGUGAAGGACCGCUACAACUUUCGCAUGGUAUCUUCUGUCACAAAUUCAACUCUGGUGCAUAUAUUUUCCAGUCUAGCCUUGUUUCGGUGUCUGGCGUCGUCACGUCAGGAGAGACGUGUGUCUCACUGAAAACCUCGUGUUCUUGUGCAUGCAGCCUACACAGCGCCGAGGUCGGCAAGUCCAGAACGUGACCACUGACUUUUACUCUCUCAAACGAAUGAAUCAAAUAUUAUUAAUGCCAGAACGACGUCUUCACCAGAAACCGGAAAGCUUUCACACACACUCAGUAACGUAACUGAGACAGAUUUCAAAUCCCGUCAAGGUUAGAACCGAGAACGUGAAGCGGCAUGCUGAUAUAUUUUCUAGUAACAGUACAUGAUAGUGUUUUAUUCCUCUUACACCACAAGCCAACCAAUUUUUUUAAAUUAAUUUAUUAGUAAUUGUACUUUUUAAUGCUUUUAUCACUUACAGCAUGCACUUACAGCAGCUAUAAACAGCCAUUCUCUCACCAGCCUCUCUUCUUUUUUCCACAAAACACAGCUCUUUACUCUUGUCACUGAGAAAGUCCUAAAAAACCCUAAAGCUACCACUUUACCUCCGACUCUUACAGCUCAUCUCUCUUACAACACUGGAGACAAACAUCUCAGAGAAAACCUACUGGCGGCGUUAUUAAUCCAUCCACUGUACACAUCCCUGUUACCAUAGAAACCAUAACAUAGACUAUAUUGCCAAAAGUUUUGGGACAACCCUCCAAAUCCUUGAAUUCAGGGUUGGGCUCGGCCCCUUAGUUCCAGUGAAAGGAACUCUUAAUGCUUCAGCUUCAUCCCAAGACAUUUUGGACAAUUUCAUGCUCCCAACUUUGUGGGAACAGUUUGGGGAUGACCCCUUCCUGUUCCAACAUGACUGUACACCAGUGCACAAAGCAAGGUCCAUAAAGACAUGGAUGAGUGAGUUUGGUGUGGAGGAACUUCACAGGGUCCUGACCUCAACCCGAUAGAACACCUUUGGGAUGAAUUAGAGUGGAGACUGUGAGCCAGACCUUCUCGUCCAACAUCAGUGCCUGACUUCACAAAAGCGCUUCUAGAGGAAUGGUCAAAAAUUCCCAUAAACACACUCCUAAACCUUGUGGAAAGCCUUCCCAGAAGAGAUGAUGCUGUUAUAGCUGGGACAACGCCAUAUUACAUUCAUGUGCAUGUAAAGGCAGACAUCCCAAAACUUUUGGCAAUAUGGAGUACUAGAACGGGCACGUUAAUAGAAACUUGGAUCUGCUAUCAGAUUUGAGAAAUCCCCCAGCAAGUCAAAAUCUGUUUUGUGUCUGAUGUUUUGUCGCCUAAAGCUAUGAGGUUAAAGUAGAUCGCGAAUAAUAGACGUCUGUCACUGGGAAUCUCGAACAACUUCCGGUUCCUCAGUGAUGUCAGACGGUUCAGGACACAGUGAAGUUUGCUGUCUUCUAGAAACAGAAAGAAAAACAAAGCAGGUUGUGAGAUUAUGACGAUUUGGUGUGUGUUAAUGGAAGACUGGAGGUGACUUAGACUCGAGUAAGAGUAAGUGGGAACAGAAAUCUAGAUGAAACUGGACAAGGCAGAUCUGAUUCUAAUCUGUUCUACUCAGACACGCUUGUGCUCCCUGUAACCAUCACACCCACUUCUCAUUCCAGAUCUGCUGUUAUAAAAACCUCCCCCAGGCUUUCCACUAGAUACUGAGACGUCAAUUCAUUCAGCUACAAGAGAGAUCAGACUCUGAUGGUUGAGGAGACUCCAGUCCCAGUUCAUGAUAAAGGUGUUCAGUGGGGUUGAGUCAGAGUCAGGGCUACAUGCUGGACACUCCAGUUCUUCCACCUUCAUCAACCUUCAACCAUGUCUCCAUGGAGCUCUGUGCUGGAACGGUGUUUGAGCCUCCCAGUUCUAGUGAAGAGAAAUUUAUAAAGCUAGAGUAUAAGAAGAGAUUCUGCUUCAGGUGAAAGUUUGGAGAAGAAGCACAUGUAGGUGUGAUGGUCAGGGCACACAUGCUAUUGGUCAUAUAGUGUAGAUCAGUGCUAGAGAAUUGACUUACAGGGAAUUUCUUGUGCCUUUAAUAAGGAUUCGGGGUUUGAUCAUUAGGAUUUGACGGAACACUUUCCUGCUAAUAUUAAGUACACUAUGAUGCUAAAGAAGCAGAAGAUGCAGAAGAAGAGGUUAGACCCCAAAACCUGCAACAUCUCCAAAUCCACAGUUCAAGAAACUCUUAAUCUUUAAAUAAAUAUCAGUCUUAUUAACUGCAUUGAGCUGGAAAUUUCUAAGGUAAAGCCCAGGUAAAGCUCUCUCUCUGUCUCUCUCUCUCUCUUUCUCUCCCUCCCUCUCUCUCUGUACAACAGCUGCUAUACAUCUCUCUCUCUCUCUCUCUCUCU